AAGGCAAAAUCCAAGGAUGCCUUUCCGUCUUCCCAACACGUCCCCCCAUUACCGGGCCUUCCUCCGCUUUUUUCAUAUCUCCCCCGCUCAUACAUUGCUCAAUCACAACUGAUCUUUGACUCGAACAUAGUCCAUUGCCACUCAGAGUAGUACAACCGACAUGGUCUCUACCACCCGACUGCGGGUCCUUGAGGAAAAGGGCCCAUUAAUAGCAGCCUAUUACGGUGAAUGCUACUGUCCUGACAAUGUUGUAAUCUAUCCCCAAUACGUCGACCCUACCAAACCUUGGGCUCCACCCGAACUCUUCACUCUGGAUCACGCCCAUAAUCCAGAGAAUUUGUGGUGGGUGAGGGAUCGGGUGGUGCCGGAUAUGAAACCUUGGCAAGCCCAUGGGUUUAGUCCACGAAAGGGGACGUUAACUAGGGAACAGAUGCUUGCGAGAAAAGGAUCGAGGUUGUCGCCUCGGUAUUGGAUGCAUAAGAUUCGGAAGUUGGUAAUCGAUAAAAGAGCGUAUAAACGAGUCGAAAAGGAUUGGCCAGGAUUGCAUGGAACUAAACGGGUACCCUUACCCUCGGAUUGGCUAGAAUAUGGAUAUUGGGCGAGACCUGCUUUCAAGCAUAACAGGCCUAAUCGAGAAAUUGAUUUCGUUGCCAAUUCCACGCCUCCAAGCAGGAUCAUUGAGCUCCCGAAAGAAGACGUUGAAGCAAUGGUCGUCAGUCUUCACGAAGAGGAUUGGACUUUCAACCCACUUAACUGGAUCCCUCGAAUAGAGCACCCAAUGCUCCCCAAACGACCCGAUUUCUGGCCCACGCCACACUCAAGCCAAAGCAAUUUGACUUGUCGCUUACCUUCUGAGCUUAUCCUCAACCCACUCCUGGAACAUCGGAAAUUCGGCAGACCGCCGAUCCUGUUUGACAUUCGUCGAGAGCUAGAGACGAUCCUUAUACAUGGGCACGAAGGCCACGGUUGGAACAAUACCCCUCUUGGGGAGAAUGGCUGUAACUCGUAUCAACCUGCGACUUAUCCUGGAGUCAGCACGUUGACAGUGAACUUCCUAGCAGAAGAUACUCGCCUGAUAUUUGACUGGAAGUUUACCGUCAUACCGCAUCAUCCGUCUUUGCCUGUGAUGGUGAUUGAUGUCCUGAAUGCGAUAAAGGAGAACUUUGAUCAGUGUCUGUCAGGGGAUGAGGUUGAGACGAUCGUUGGGGAGAGGAGGCAUCAGAUGUGGCAUGCGUUUGAACGACGGUGUAGGUUCUUUCGGCAGCCCAGAAUUGGAGGGAUUAAGCGUAUGGAUUACCUUGGGGAUCAAUAUUACUUCCGGGGUUUGGAGCCUGCGCCAGAUAACGAGGGUUUCGUGAUGUUCUUUGGUCCUCCUUGAGCCCUGACCAUCGACGCUGGACGAUCAAGCCCCACUCUAUUGUGGUGGGGUUUGACAGAUGGCCAUGAGUUCAGGUCUAUCUCCCUCAUUGCUGGGCCUGGGUUGUUUUACGUGGUCAAACGCUACAAUCAUCUUUUUCUAUUCGCAUCCUCGAGCAUUAUCCUUACAUUCUAUUUAGGGUGUUCCCUUUGUACUUUAACUUUGGUAUUAUUAAGAAUGACUUGUAUGACGAUCCGCUUGGCUUGCUGGACGAUU